AGUCGUCGCUAAAAGCCCAAUCCGCGUCCAGGUUUUAAAACCAAUCCCUGAUCGUUGAUCUUGUGUACAUCUGACGGUCCAGGUUUUAUUUAGCUUUAGGAGUACAAAACCUAUGGCGGGCAAACCAUUCACUCAUUCCCCCCCAAAUCGAUCCACUGGCACUUCCCCCAAAUCGAUCCAUGAGCCCUCCCCCAAAUCCCACGGUGCUGCCAGAUUGCUUCAACCCGGCGACAGCGGUCGCUCACCGCCACGACCUGCAGCCUUCGGAGUCAACUUACCUCCUCAGUCGCUCGCGCGCCGCACCUCGUCCGCUGCACCAAAUUGUAAUGUCAAAUAAUGUUGGGUGCAGCGUUGAGAGGGGGGAUGUCGAGAUAAUGAGAGGGCAUGGCUGAAAUUGUGUGCAAUCGUUGGUAUAAGGUAGCAUUGUCAAAGAUUUGGUGAGCCCUUCUUAUCUAUGGCUUCUUAUCCUAAUAAGAAUUAAGAAACUCUCUAAAGGUUAUUGCCUUUUCAUCUUUUUUGUUUUUUGAAAUAUUUGGUGUAUAUUUUUAAAGAUACCUUUUUUGGUGAAUUUUAGGUUAAAGGUGUUUGCUUUUGAUUGAUACAUGCUCUUUUGGUGUGUAAGUUAUGUGGUUUCUAGGAUGGAUAAGAUUAGGGGUGAAUUGUUUUGAGCUACUAGUUGGUUCCUGUUAUGGUUUUUAUUUGAAUAGAAGGGUGUUAAAUUGGUCAAUUGCUUGGGCACUUUACUAGAAAAUUAGAAAAAAAAGUAAUACAGAGGAGACCGAUUUGGGUUAGGUGUAGCACUAGUACUGAAGCAGAAGUUAAAAGUUUUAUUUAUUUAACGUUUUUGGGCUAAUAAAUGGACACUCACAUACCCUUCUGCUUAGUUGCUUAGAUGCUCGCUGAACGUUUUGAGGUUUAUUAUUGACUUUGGUUAAUUGUUCUUAAAAACUAAUUGGCAAAAAAGAGCACAAAUAGGAUCUCCAUGUGUGAAAUGAAGCUCCCCUUUCUGACUUUGGUUAACUGUUCUUGAAAUGAAGCUUCCCUUUAUGAUGUUUUUUGGGAUAAAAACCAUAUUUACUUUUGAAUUCAAUAGUAUGUUUUCUAGGGAUAACUGAGCUAUGCCCAACGAUAUCUUGUUACUUUUAGUGGCAACGGUGGUCUAUUUGUCAAAGACGCAAGGCGCACGCGAGGCGCAUCGGCCUUGCCCGGAGCCUAGGCGCAAGGCGCAAAAAAGUGUGGGCUUUUUAAAGAAAAGCGUACAUAGAGAAAAAUAUAAAAAAUGAGUUUCUUAGCUGGAAUUUGGUUGAACUCGUGCGUGCCCACACGUCCUGCGGACACGAAUGCAGCUCCAAAAACACGGGCCCGCAUGAGGCAGUUUUUGCACGCACUCGGUUUCGUUUUUUUUUUUCAGUUUUUCUGCUUAUCCACUGCGCCUCAACACCGUUUUUGCGCCUAGGCGCGCGCCUUUUUGCGCCUCAGCAGCGUUUUUUUUUUUCAAAAAACCCGUUUUUGCGCCUAGGCUACCACCAGGCGCUAUAGGUGCGCCUCGCUGCGCCCGGGUGCCUAGGCACACGCUUUUUGCGCUUUUGAAAACAUAGACGGUUGUUAGUGCAUAUCACAUUUUAGCAAUUACUCUCUUUAUUAGGGUUCAGAAACAUAUAAUAGUAUCAAGUUUCUCUAGGAAAGAAAGCGCUUUCGGAUGCAUGGACUUUGGAUACCGCUCAAAAACUGUAUGAAUGGCUGAGGCUGAAUACAGAAGGAGAUAAACCUUCAGCUAGAAUGUAUGCUACAGCUGGUGCUCGCUCGGAUGGUAUGUUUUUGCUUUGUGGUGGAAGAGACACUUCAGGCGUGCCCUUGGCAGAUGCUUAUGGACUUCUUAUGCAUAAAAAUGGACAAUGGGAAUGGACUCUUGCACCUGGAGUUUCACCGUCAUCAAGGUACCAACAUGCUGCGCCUGACAGGGUUACAGACAUCUGUAAUAGAAACAAACUUCAGUUGAUUAUAAGAGCACACGAAUGUCUAAUGAAUGGGUUCGAGCGAUUUGUUCACGGACAGUUAAUUACCCUUUUCUCUGCGACAAACUAUUGUGGGACUGCUAAUAAUGCUGGACCUUUACUAGUGAUCGGCAGAGGAUUGGUGGUUGUUCCAAAACUGAUUCACCCGUUGCCACCACCACUUGAACCAGAAACAUCUCCAAAAUCUGUUGAAGAGCGCCACUAGAUGCAGGUAAUGAUUUUUGGCUAUUUGAAGAAAAGAGGGUCGAUCCGAACAAAAUCUAUUUGAUUUCUAUCUUUCUAUUUGUCAAACUACAAAUGUUUGUCGUCCCAGCCACAACACGCGGGUUGAAAGCACUAGUUACUACCGUUUUAAUAUAGUGAUAUAAACAAACUGCUAUGUAAUUUUUGGUUGUUUGAAUGUGAAUUACUGUUUAAUUCUUUGUAUACUUAUGAACGUUUUGGUC